GGGGGGUCAUGUGUCUUGUGUACUUGCUGUAAGAGAGCAUAUAUUUGGAUACCACAGCACGGUCUGAUUCUUUCAGUGCUCCGAGCUUUUCCUGGACAUACAAUCUCUAGAUUGAGUCACUGACCUAUGUGAAUAGUCUGAGGAAAUCUAUCUCAAGGCAUUUGGAAUAUUUCUGAAGUCAUCCUAGUUUUUAAGAAGAUUGAACUAAUUAUGACGUCCACAAAAGUUGUGAUCGUUGGUGCUGGUUUCGCUGGGGUGACCGCGGCUGCCUGGUUGCUGAAGAAUGGAAUCAAGGAUGUUGUGAUACUGGAGGCUCAGGACUACAUUGGUGGUCGUGUCAAGGCAGAGGUUGUGGACGGUAAAAACCUGGAUCUUGGCGCGCAAUUCGUUCACGGUAAGGACGGCAACCCAGCCUAUGACAUAGCCGAGAAAAUUGGCAUCACUAUCUUCCCUGACACGUCAGAAAACAACCACCUGGUCAAUAUCCCUGCUCAAUUCCUAACACCACAUGGUGAAAAGAUUUCUCCAGAUGAAGCCAACGGUCUGCUGAACUUCCUGUUUGAACGAACUCACAAAGAGGCUGUGGAUGACAUUGACAUUGAUGACCGAGGUCACAGUGAAGGGGAGUGCUAUGAGAAGGCUUACAGAGAAUACCUGGCCAAAUAUGGGCGUAACUUGAGCCGUAGACAAAGAGAACUCAUGGAUGCUAUCUACAAAUGGUUUUGUGGCUAUCAGACAAUAGACUCUGCAGCGGCGGAUUUAACGGAACUGUCUGAAUGGGCUCUGCGUAUCUACAAGGUGCUCCCAGGGCCAAGGUUUACCUAUGUUGACGGGGGAAUCACCGAGAUUCUGAAAGCUGUUGUGCGCCUUUUGCCAAGGGAAAUUAUUCGUCUAAAUACUCCUGUUACUAAUAUAAACUGGACUAAUGCAAAGUCACCUGAUUCUGGUAAAGUUUCUGUCACUUGUGACAAUGGAGAAACUUUUUUAGCUGACCAUGUGAUAGUGACCACUAGUAUUGGAUACCUCCAGGCCAAACAUCAGCAGCUCUUCACACCUCAGCUUCCCCUUUCAGCACAGACUGCCAUCAACAAUCUGGGUUUUGGAGGAAUCGGAAAAUUAUUUAUUAAAUGGGACAAGCCAUUUGUAGGCUACACUCAGACUCCAUACGGUGAGGUCCAAGGCUAUGAUUUUCUUUGGUUGGACUCGAAGCCAGUGGCCUUGCUUAGUGACCGGUGCCCACUAAAAACAAGAUAUGGCAAGCCCUGGUGGUAUGGCGUCCAUGCUGCAGAAACUGUUAGAGGCAGCCCCAACAUCCUGGAGCUAUGGCUCAACAAGUAUCAGGCUGAGAUUGUGGAGGGUCUUGAUGAGGCUGAGUUGAAAGCAGUCUGCCAUGAACUAAUACAGACUUUGUUUAAAGACUUGAAGGUCCCUGUCCCUGCACAAGUGUAUAGGACAACAUGGAUAACUAAUCCCUAUUUCCGAGGAACUUAUUCCUUUAUCUCAUCCAAAGUGAGGAAGCAAGAUCUUAAACAUCUGGGUCAACCCCUGCCUUCUGUAUCUAAUCCCAGAGUCCUGUUUGCAGGUGAAGGUUUUGCUAAUGGCUUCAUUUCCACCAUUCAUGGCGCUAUUCUCACUGGCCAAGCCCAGGCUGAUCUCAUACUCAAGUCCAAGGGCACACAACCUACCGGUCAACUUCUGGAUAUGUUCAGCUCUUCUAUAGGCAAAAGCAAACUUUAGAGAAAAACAAAAAGGAUCUCCAGUUGUCUUUCUUUUAAUGACAAACAAUAUCAUUUUUUUUAAAUGUUUAAUUUUUUAAAAUGUCAUGUUAUUUAACAACUUUUAUUUUACUCUUUAGCUAUUUUUAAAAUUAGUUAUAAUAAUUUAAAAGUAUUGUACUGUUAAUAAAAUUAAUUGAAAUAGAUUGUACAAUGUGAUGGUUUAAAAUGCAUUAUCAGUUUAUCAGUGGAACAGUUAUAUAUAUAUAAAUAUAUAUCAAAUAUCUUGAACUAUCUGAACUAUUUAUUCUGGGUGAAUUCAGGUUGAAAACUCUGUUCCUGCCAUUGUCUCAUUUGAUACAUUAUAAUCUUGUCAUGAUUUGUUAUAAGUUUACUUCCUCCAAAUUUAUGUCCUUUUGUCCUGUUGUUACAUAUGACUUUGCCAUUCUAUGGACUUUAUUUGAUUUAUCAUAGAUAUGGUGAACCAGCUACUUGAAAUAUGUUCUGCUGAAACUGUGAACAGUGAGUGAACUGAACAGGGAACUACUGGAUCACUCAUCAGGAGCUAACACAUCAUAAUUUACACUGACUUCCUACAAUCAAACUUAAGACCAGGACAUAUACAACUGUUUCUAAGUUACUAUAUGUGUCUUGGCUACUGUUUUUUACACUUACAUACUUUUUAAGUUUGUAUGCUUACAACGAAUGACCAAAAAGUGUACAUGUUUUUAUGUGUUGCAUAACUAUAACAACAGAAGUUAUUAGGCCUCUACCUUUCUGAGUCAAUCUACUAUUGUUUUGUGUUGUUUAACUAAAGCAACAGAAGUUAUUAGGCCUCUGUCUGAGUCAAUCAACUAUUGUUGAGUGUUGUAUUUUCCAUUUUACUUCUAAUAGAUAUAACUUACUAUGAACAUGACAUGAAGUAAAAAUCAAAUUUUGUACAAAUUCUUAAUAAAGAAAUGUAUUCUUUAUUUUUUUUUCA